CAGUUUGUGCUGAGUUGCUGUGAAGAGCAGCAGUGUGUUUCAUUCUCUCUCUCUUCUUUCGGGCUUUUUCAGGGUUUAUUUUUAUGUCUCGUGUUUAACACUGUAUUUUAUUUCAACGUGAAAAGUGGAGAAAUAUUUAUUGGAAUAAACGGUCGGUUCGUGUCCUGGGACGUUUAAAUGAACUCAAGCUCGGAUGUGAAUCAUGUGAAACCGAUAAACUGAACUGAACCGAAUGCUGGACUGAUCGAACUGAUCGUAUGGAUUGAUCGGUGCAGGAGUGCUCAGGUGCUGCAGGAUGUGUAAGAGAUAUCUUCAGGAGGUUCUCUCACAGGUUCUGCUGUUGGUUUUCAUGGUGGCUCUUCUGGGAUUUCCAGCACAAUCUGAAGAGCAUCAAGCGCUAUAUCACGUGCGGACGGGCACGUGUGAGGUGGUGGCGUUACAUCGAUGCUGCAAUAAAAACAAAAUUGAAGAACGAUCACAGACCGUCAAAUGCUCGUGUUUCCCAGGACAGGUCGCGGGAACGACCCGAGCGGCUCCUUCCUGUGUCGACGCGUUGAUAGUGCAGCAGAAAUGGUGGUGUCAGAUGCAUCCGUGUUUGGAUGGAGAGGAGUGUAAAGUGUUGCCGGACCUGAAAGGUUGGAGUUGUGCAACUGGAAAUAAGAUCAAGACCACAAAGAUCUCCUCUGACCAGGAACAGCUCUGGUGACCGCUGGAAACCAGAUACAGACGUAUGGAGACGCUCCAUGUCCAUCAUACCUUUACUCGUGGAAUUAUUCCGACAUGGAUCAGAAACUCCUGGAGAUCAGAGGUUUGAUCUUUUGUGAAUUGGGAAUAUGCUGGGGUCAGAGUUGGCUUUACAGCACAAGAGAUGAGAAGAGAAUUCCUGUUUCAACAUCUGUGUGGAUUUAUACAUGUGUGAUGGAUUACAGUGACGAAUACUGUUUGACACAUGCGUCUCUCACAACUGCAGUGAUGUUUUGCAUCAUUAAAGAUGACAGAGGAUUCAGCUAAUUGGGAUAAAUGGUUUGAUUCAAAGUGUUGGGAAAGUCACAUUCAUAUGGCCAAUAAAGGUCAUGAAACUUUGUCAGAUUUAAAGACAAAUGUUCCGCUUUUGUUUCAGUAUUUAUUAAAGUUCUCAUAUGAAUGUUCAUGUAUCUUUGUAUUGCUUUGCGCAAUACUGAAUGAAUCAUAUCAGUUAAGACAUUAAUACAGACUAUCAUUACAGGUUUAGAGUCAAAGUUUCCUUUCUUCAACUAUGAAGCUUUUUUCUGUGUAUAAAUGAUGAAAUAUGCUCAUAAUAAACUAUGAUUGUCUUCAUCUAUCAGAGCUAAAUUUUUAUUUUUUACAUGUCUGAUCCCAAACUAAAGGCCGUCUGUGCUCCUCAGAGCCUUUUAUAUGUUAAAAAUGUGUGUUAAUUAAUAAUAAUUUGUCACAGGUGAGGUGGGCAGGACAGGAAGUCUUUAAAUGGUUCUCAGGUGCCGCUUGAUUAAAUUUACACACGUUGUGUGUUGGAAACACAGCAGCUUUAAUGUAAAAACACGCAGAGAAAGAUUGCUGUCUUCUAUAGGCAUCCAUGCUGUUUAUUAAUUUGGUGCCGAGGGAAUAU